UUGGAAAUAACAACGUUAUUAAAGGACAUCUUCUAAUAUAAUACAUCUUCAGAAAGGAAACAUAAUUAAUUCAAAUACUAGGCUUUGUGGGGCACACGUCUGUAAACAAAAUCAUUCCCUUUUCAUCGGAAAGGGAAUCGUUGCCGACGGUUCAACAUCCCAGGUAUGCAUUCACCGGGAAGGCCAAAACGUCCAUUAAAACGCAGACAUAUAUAUUACAGAACUUCAGGAACAUGGGGAUGUAUUGUCUGUUGAAUGAGUUGACGACGUUUAAGAGGAGGAGUGCUGUCAAGGUUCGAGUGGUUAGAUCCUACACUGUAAUGGAAAGGAGGGGCUCAUCCGAGAUCAAGAGUAAAGAGCUGGUUCUGCACGACGAAGAGGCAACUGUAAUACAUGCCUGUAUACCAAAGGAUGUUCUACCAAAAUUCCCCGAAAGGUUUUUAGAAGGGAGUGUCUAUUGUUUCAAAAACUUUUAUGUUGUUGCAAAUUGGCAUACGUACAAGACUAGCAUGCACGAGUUCAUGCUGCAGUUCAAUCAUGAGACUAUCAUGAAAGAAUCUAGGUCUGAAAAUUUCCCUUACCACAUGUACAGACCCAUACCCUUCCAUACUUUGAAAAGUAAUCCAGCAAUAGAUGUCAAGCAAUUGAUUGGUAAGAUCCUUUAG